AACCAUUCGGCUUCGUGUUUUUCCUGGCCCUGUCCAGCCAUGUCCACUGUGGAGCUCUGCAACUUGGAGGACGGCCUAUUUGCGGGCCAAGGUUUCAAUGAUUGCGUUGUGCACAUCAUUCUUCAGGCCGCCGUAGCGGGCCUUGCCAUCGUCGGGGUUCUUGUGGGCUUGGUCAUCAUCCGACAACUUCCAAGGUCCAGGCAGCCAAUCACCCUCGUGGACCGCAUGCGCAGCGCGUCCUGCGCGUUGCUGUUCCUGGUGUCCCUUGCGGAGUUCGUGGUCUCAUUGACCACCACCCAGGUCGUGAGCGAGACGCAAGGUAUCGGCGGCGCGUGCAUCGCUGCCGCGGCCGUUGCUGUGGGGUUUUACCACCAGCAGGAGGUGCACCGCAGCCUGUCUGAGAGCAUGGGCCUGAAGUUGUGGUGGGUGCUGGCGACGGUGGCUCAGGUGCUGGCCAUCUACGACCAGAAGAUCUCAGCCGCCUGGGCCUUCAAGGGAGCGGAGCUUUUGCUGUGCCUCUCAGCCACUGCGGCUUACCUGGUGCCUUCCGGGCGCAGCGGCAGCACUGCCGAGCCCCCGUUGCUGGCAGAGGAGAACGGGAUUUCCAUGGUGGGCCGCUGGGCAAGAACCCUCAGCGCGAGAGAAGCCUCACCAGAGGAGCAGGUGGGAAUCCUCGGCUGGCUUGCCUUCACCUGGUUCACCCCCAUCGUGGAUCUGGCCUUUGAGCGGGACAAGGAGAAUGGGAAGCUGGAGCCCACGGACGUCUACCCGCUCACGCGGAAGAACGUGGCGCAGAGGCAGCUGGAACGCCUGGACCGCCAGUGGCAGGUGGAGCUGCGCAAGCCGCAGCCGGCCCUGCUGUCAGCAAUGACCCGGGGAUUCUUCGCAGAGGUGUUCAGCACUGCCUGGGUGAAGCUCAUCAAUGACGUGCUUCACUUCGUGGGUCCCUUCCUCCUGAACAGGAUCAUUAACUUCGUGAAGGGUACGGGUGAGGAAGCUGGCGAGCCGCUGUGGAUGGGCUACGCCUACGCUGUUGGCAUGGUCCUCUCCUCUGGAGCUCAGGCCUUUCUCAUGGCGCACUACUUCCAGGGUGGCUACCAGACUGGCAUGCGCCUGCGAACUGGCCUGAUCCUGAUGGCCUACAGCAAGGCCUUGCGCGUCCUUCCUUGGGCGACGCCGCAGCCGGAAGAGGCUCCACCCGAGCCACAGACUAGGCGCUGCUGCAAGAAGACGCCGAAGAAGCGGCCAACUCUGCCGACGGGGGGCAUGGGGUGCCCCGCGCCGCGGCCUCGAAGUCGAGUCGAAGUCGCACCGCGCAGGCAGAUGACGAACAUCAUCUCGGCCGACACGGACAAAUUCACCUUCCUGAUGCCAUACUUCAAUCUCAUUUGGUCGUGCCCCUUGCAGAUCGUGAUUUGCUUCUUCAUGCUCUUCAAGUAUGUGAGCUUCUCGUUGUUCGCUGGCGUCGUUGUGAUGAUUCUGUUCACCAUCCUCUCCAGCACCGUCGCGGGCAAGGCCCGGAAGAUCCAGGCGGAGGCCAUGAAGGCAAAGGACGAGCGGCUGAAGAUGGAGGUGGAGCUGUUGAAGAUUGUGAAGAUCAUCAAGUUCUACGCUUGGGAGUUGGCAAUUGAGGACAAGGUGAAGGAGCUCCGGAACAAGGAACUGGCGCUGCAGCUCCGCUACAAGCUGUGGAAUGUGGCGCUGUUCUUGUCGUUCUCGCUGUCGCCGGUGCUGGUGGCCCUGGGCACCUUCGCCUCCUACACGCUGGUGCAGAAGAGGAACUUGGACGCUGCAACGGCCUUCACGGCAUUGAGCCUCUUCAACAUCCUCUCCUUUCCUCUGGGUGCCAUGCCAAUGAUGGCACGCUUCUUCAUGGAGGCGGCAGUUGCCAAAGAUCGCAUUGAAGCCUUCCUCCUCUCCCCCGAGGUGGCGCCUCGGCCUGGCGCGGCGAGUGCGGGCACGGCCCUGGAGCUGAAGUCCUCCAAGUUGGCCUGGCCGGACAAGACGGUCCUGCUGGAAGAGGUGGACAUCUCCGUAAAGACGGGCGAGCUGAUGGUGAUCCUGGGGAAGACAGGUGCCGGGAAGUCAGGGUUGUUGUACGCCAUGUUGGGUGAGCUGCCCAUCGCACCGGAAGACGGCAAGGUGUGCCUGACUGGGACGGUCGGAUACUGCGCGCAGAACGCUUGGAUUCGCAACGCCACAUUGCGAGACAAUAUCACCAGCUCUGCUGCAAUGGACCACGACGAGCGAUACGAGGCUGUCCUUGACGCCUGCGCCCUGCGUUCGGAUCUGGAUGUGUUGCCAGAGGGCGACCAGACGGCCAUCGGAGACCGCGGCAUUAACCUUUCAGGCGGGCAGAAGCAGCGAGUUGCCCUCGCGCGGGCUGUGUAUGCAAAUCCGGACAUUUACAUCCUCGAUGACGUGCUGUCUGCGCUGGACAGCCAUGUGGCCAGCCACAUUUGCAACAAGCUGCUUCGUGGACCCUUGCUGGCCGGCAAGACUGUGAUCCUCGUCACGCAUUCUCCGAAAGCGGCGCCCCUGGCGCACCAGGUGGUCUGCUUGGAGGACAAGAAGGUCGCUUUCAGUGGGAGCUACGAGGAGUUCAAGCGCUCCGGGGCCGUGAGUGACGAGGUUGUCCAUGAGGAUCCUGAGCCUGAGCCCGAUGCGGCGCCAGCCGAGGAGGAGAAGAAAGAGGUGAAGGAGGCUCCCAAGAAGGAAGUGAAGCCUGUCAAGGCUGCAGCCACGCAGGAGGAGCGUCGGUCUGGAGCUGUUUCGUGGCAGGUCUACUUGGCGUAUGUCAAAGCAUGUGGAGGCGUACCCGCUGUGGGCGCCUUCCUUCUGGCCGUGGCCGUCUCCGAGGGAUCUCGGAACUUCUCGGACGGGUGGCUGGCGCACUGGAGCGGCUCGGGGGGCGCCUCCGACGGCCUCGCCAUCUAUGCGCUGGCGGCGCUGAUUUGCCUCGUCACCGGUGUGGCGUACUCCACCACCCGCGUGCUUGUUGGCCAACGGGGGUCACGUGUGCUGCACGAGAACUGUCUUCACGCCUUACUCCGAGCACACAUGUCCUUCUUUGACUUGACCCCAAACGGUCAAAUCCUCAACCGCUUAGCAGAGGACACCAACAUCUUGGAUUACAACUUGCCUCAGACGAUGUCUGCUAACAUCAUUUGGUUUUGGCGAGCUGCCUCCAUCGUAGUGGUUUGUAUGAUGGUUGGCUGGUACUUGAUCUUCCUGAUGGUCCCCAUGUUCUUCCUCUACGCGAAAUUGGCCAAAAGGUACUUGCCCGCCACUCGAGAUUUGCGGCGUCUCGACGCUGCUGCACGAAGCCCAAUCUUCAGCCACUUCUCGGAGUCCAUGCAUGGCGUGUCCACUAUCCGCGCUAUGCAGCAGCAGGAGCGCUGCAUGCAUACCAACACAGCAAGGUUGGAGUCGCAGAUGGAAGCCUACUAUCUCAGCAACACCGCUGCGCGCUGGCUGAGUCUCAGAUUGCAGUUCAACGGCACCAUAUUGGUGGGCGCAGUGUGCAUCUUGGGCAUCUACCUCUCGACCAACAAGCAAGUAAGUGCUGGGGUCAUGGGCCUGGCCAUCACCUACGCCUUGCGGCUCACCGACACCCUGAACCAGGUGAACAGAGAGUCCGCUGAUCGCGAGACGCAGAUGGUAUCGGUUGAGCGAGUGCAGAACUAUGUGACCAAUGUCAAGCAGGAGGCUGCGCUGCGAAUACCGCAUGCCGUGCCGCCGAAAUGGCCAGAUCAUGGCAACGUCACGGUGGACAACGUCAUGAUGCGGUACCGAGAGGGUCUUCCCAUCGUCCUGAACGGCAUCUCACUGAACAUCAAGGAGCGCGAACGUGUGGGCAUUGUUGGUCGUACAGGCUGCGGCAAGUCUUCGUUCUUGUCGACCCUCCUCCGCUUGGUGGAGCUGGAGGCGGGCCACAUCACGAUGGACGGGGUGGACAUCAGCAACGUUGGCCUGCACGACCUGCGCGAGACGGUCGCCAUGAUUCCUCAGGACCCAGCCAUCCUCACAGGUUCGGUGAGGUUCAACUUGGACCCCUUCGGUGCCAAAACAGACGAGGAGCUUUGGGAGGCCCUGGAGAAGGCGCAGCUCAAGCCCCGCGUGGACAGCGCUGGAGGCCUGGACAGCAAGGUGGAGGAGGGGGGCGGCAACUUCUCCGUGGGGGAGUUGCAGCUCCUGUGCCUCUCCCGGGCCUUGCUGCGGCGCCAGGAGUCUGGCGGAUUGCUGCUGCUCGACGAGGCGACGAGCGCGCUGGAUGCCGAGACCGACCAGACCAUCCAGAAGGUCAUCAGAUCGGAUUUCAACUGCACCAUCAUCACGAUCGCUCACCGAAUCCAGACUCUGUUGGACUACGACAAGGUCGCCGUCUUUGAGAGCGGGAAGGUGGUCGAGUUCGACUCGCCUCAGGAGCUGCUGAAGCGGCCCUCCAAGUUCCAGGCGCUUGCCAAGGAGGGCGGCGUCGCGGUGUGAAGGAAGGAUACCGUCGCCAACUCGGGAGACCGGAGACCGGCCUGCCCCUUGGGUGCCAACUUGGGUGCAGAGCGUUGCAUUUGGCACCUGGCCGUUGGCCAAGCGAUUUUCAGAGGCAAUCCGCACGGAGCCUCGCGUUCAGAGAGCGCCUGACCUCAUUUUCACCGCACUUUGUGGAGGUCCACAGGACCUAACUCACAAGUGCAUCGGUUUAGGGCACCUGCCCCCAAAAGGGAAGCGACAGGAA